AGUCGGAACGCCACUGCCUCCCCGCGCGGGGUUGCACCCAAACGAGUGACAACAUUUAAAGGAGGGUCGGUGACUUUGCACCUAUCAGUCAGUACGCGUACUAAUCGAUAUUCCUGAAGAAUCCAUCAAUGACGUUGAGUUGACAUUUUGUUUGGAACAACACCACCAAAAUAUUUACCUAUUGCUUUAAAAAUCCGACUAGCUUUACAUUUGCAGGAGACCGUUGUAUGUCUUUUUUUUAACAAACUGUUUUGAGCGCCUAUUUUUCUGCAGAGAAGCAGCGUGUAACACGUGUAGCUCGUGUUUUGACCAAUCAGUUCUAGACCCUCGAGCAGAGGGGUAUAAACGUGAGGCAGUUGUCGUAGAGACGCCUGCAACUGAAGCGUUGAACGCAAGAACCGGUGAUAUCUCGUAAGGAAAACGUGUGAUGAACACUUAAGUUGCAGCAAAGAAUCCGACCCACUGUUUCCCCAUUAAUGGCCUUGGGAAGACACGAUGACUGAGGUGAAAGUCCGUCCCACUGCGAGCAGAAACCCCGCUCCGCCGGAGGUCCAUAAUCCCAAAAAUCCCGGACGUGUGACCAACCAGCUGCAGUACCUGGAGAAGGUGGUGAUCAAAGCUUUGUGGAGGCAUAACUUCUCGUGGCCCUUUCGCCACCCAGUUGAUGCAGUGGCACUGUGUCUCCCUGAUUAUUACACAAUCAUAACAAAGCCUAUGGACCUGAGCACUAUUCAGAAGCGUCUUCAGAACAAAUACUACUGGCAGGCACUUCAGUGUAUACAAGACUUCAAUACCAUGUUCACCAACUGUUAUGUGUACAAUCGGCCUGGAGAUGACAUUGUUUUUAUGGCGCAGACCCUGGAGAAGCUCUUUCUGCAGAAACUGACCACAAUGCCUAAGGACGAGUGUGACAUUACAGCCAUCACUACAAAGGAACCAGUGAAAGGGAGAACGACUAAUGCGGGGGCUCUAAAGCAGAUGACAUCCCCCAUGUCAGAAGUUGUUCUCCAGCAGACUGUGACAGUCAUUCCACCUGAUAUGAGUAAAUUCAAGCCCCCCACCCAGCUUUCACAAAUGGAUGCAACAAUUAAAAAGGGUCUCAAGAGGAAAGACUCCACGACUUCCUCCCCCGGUGUCAUUACCAGUGGCGACGUAUCCCACGCUGGGGAUCAUUCAGCGCCUUGCACAUUAUUCUCCCGGAAAGGCAGUGGAAGGCCCAUCAAACCUCCAAAGAAAGACUUGCCCUCCGAGGCGGGCAAGAAGACCCGACUGUCUGAGCAGCUCCGGUGCUGUAAUGACAUCCUGAAGGAGAUGCUCUCCAAGAGACACUACGCAUAUGCCUGGCCCUUUUACACCCCUGUCGAUGCGCUCGGUUUUGGCUUGCACGACUACCAUGACAUCAUCAAGCAGCCUAUGGACCUGAGCUGCAUACGGAGGAAAAUGGAUCAACGCGAGUAUGUAAAUCCAAAGGAAUUUGCCGCUGAUGUCCGACUCAUGUUUUCCAACUGUUACAAAUACAAUCCACCAACGCAUGAAGUGGUCAACAUGGCAAGAAAACUGCAGGAAGUUUUCGAGGCCCGAUAUCUGAAGGUGCCCCAAGAAGAGUGUUGUGCCAUACCUCAUCAGCGAGUUGACAAGGGAAAAAAAGAAAGAGUUCAGAGUGAAAGCAAAAGCUCCUCAGAGGACGAAAGUUCCUCGUCCUCCGAGCAGGCCUCGCAGCUGGCUAAUCUUAAGGACCAGUUGAAGGCUGUCCGUGAUGAGCUGAAAAGAUUAACCCAAGAGCCCCCGAACAGACCUAAGAAAAAGAAGAAGAACAAGUUGAAAAGGGAAAAAAGAGCUAAAGAAAAGGUUAUCGCACGACUGAAGCACAAGUCCUCAAAGUACAAGUCUGAUGUAGAAAAACUGGCCAACCGCCAGAGCUCUGCUUUGCAUGGCACUAGACACAACAUUCGUGGGGGAACUUCAGCAUGUGAGGAUGACGUCGCAUUAAUGCCAGUCACUUACCAGGAGAAAAAACAGCUGAAGUUGGACAUCGACAAGCUGCCUGGUGACAAACUGGGCAAAUUGGUGAGAAUCAUUCAGUCCAGGGAGUCCUGCCUGCGCGAUUCUGCUCCGGAGGAGAUCGAGGUUGACUUCGAGGUGCUCAAGCCCUCCACGCUGAGAGCCCUGCAGAGGUUCGUUGCAUCGUGUCUGAAGAAAUGCAACGAGGGCAUCCACAAGAACAAGCUGGUGAAGCCCACAGCAGGUUUGCCACCUGGCAAACUAAAGGAUUCUGGGACACCACCUGAUGCCAGCAAAGACCAGCCAUUGGCGAAGAAAAAAAAGCCCUUAGCUAAAAUCCUCGAGGCUCCUGGCCUCAGUGAAAGCAGCAGCAGCAGCUCGUCAUCCAGCUGUGGCAGCAGUAGUCCUUUUAGCACUUCAGAAAGCAGCUCUGAAUCAGCGCCAAAAGCAAAGAAGACAAAGAGUACAGACUCUUGCCAAAAGGUUAAGGCGAAGUCAAAAGCUACUCGUGCUGCCUCUGGCAAGAAGAUAUCGGAGGUGAAAGUCUUGACCAAAGCCUCUGUCAAGUAUUACCAGCCCCCUCUGACCACGCAGUCCUCUGUGCCAGAGACCAGAGGUCCCCCAACGCAGCGUAACGUUGACCUGACCUGUAAUGAGCUGCCUUUAUCUCCUCCAGAUCUGUCUGCCCUUUUAUCCCCAAUGGCGUCUCCGGGAGUUAUGCUGGACUGGACUACCACCAGGUUCGAGGGCCCGGUCCUGUCCCCUCUGAGAGACAGCCCGCUGCAGUCCAGAGACGACCCCCGGUCCAAUUCCAGAUGCCCUGAGGAUUUGCCUGACAGCCUGCUGACCAAUGUGCCUUAUACCAACACAGCCAGUCGCUCUGCUACAGAGGAAAAAACCCAAAUUCCCAAAAAGGACGUUUUUCUGAAAAAUGCCGAGUCCUGGGCAAAACUGGUGCAGCAGUCAGUCAGUGCGACUGCAAUCAAGUCGUCUAAGGAGAGCUUCCAGAAGUUCCGCAGGGCUGCCAUGAAAAGGGAGGAACGUGAAAAAGAACUGAAGAACAAACCGAUGGAGUACAGCACAGAGGGGCAGGCUGCUGAAAGGAGCAGCUUACCAGGCUCAUGCAAGGCAGAAACGUAUCUACAGCCCAUUAAGGACGCUCCUGAAUCGCCAGGGAGCAUCUGCACAGAAGCUACACUAGACACUCCCAAAAAUGUAGAGAGGCAAAUGUCUCCCGCAGGAGCGCUGCCUCUCGCCACAAUGUGCCGGGUAGAUGCGGAAAGGGAUCUGGCGCGCAGGAAGGAGCAGGAACGUCGCAGGCGAGAGGCUAUGUCCGGUAUUGACAUGACGAGGCAGCAGGACAUCAUGACCUCAUUUGAACUUAACCUGGACUAAACUCCUCCGAGUCGUCUCGGCAAAAACCAGCUCGAGCUGUUGGUUCUUUCUCCGGCACAAAGGACAACGCCAGCAACGACCGCAUGUACGUCCUUUGGACUAGAAAAUAAAACGUUAAUUGUGGAGCAGGAAGACAUUCAAUAAAACCAUAAAUGGCCCUUGAUUAGCAUUUGAACUGGAUGAUGUCUUAGUCUCGGAAUCAAGAGUGCAGACAUUAUCGGGGUGUCGCGCUGUCAUCCAUACCCGGAUGUCAUCUUUACAGUGGGUUUUUCUGUUCUUUUCACAUGUGGAAAAGUGCUACUUCUGUGACCGUUGUGUAUGACGAGCAAAUUACUGCAUGCACACGCUUUAGUUCCAGUGUCACCUCGUCCUGUUUGCUGAAACGUGCAGUGUUGUUGGUUCUUCUGCUACGUUAUUCCAUUGAUGAACCCGUACCACUAGUUUUCAGUUCAUCCUGACUACAAUGUACACAAAGCACCGGUUUAUAUGUUUACAUUUCACGCACUUUUUUGUCAUUGCACAACAGUAAAUACAGAUGUUGUAGAUCUCCGUCCAGAGUUUCCGGAGUUGAACUGGAGUUAAUGAUCUCGGUUCUUUACUUACCUGACUACUUGAAAAUGUCAUACAUGCGUUAUCUUUACACGCACUGCACUUUUGUUGUUUAUACAGUUCCGACUCCUUCAAGGCUGUUUUUGGAGAUUAUCGACAUGUUCUGUAUGUUACAGUUUGUAUAUGCUAAAUAAAUAAGAAUUUAUUUCUUCUGUUUUUUUUUUUACUUGUAAUAAAGCUAUUUUCACUGAGCAAUCUUCAUGCUCUCUUGACUAAUGGCGUUAUAGUAAUAUACAUGCGAACAAUAUCCACCUAU